GCUUUAAAAGCCGCAUACGCCCCGUGGCCAGGCAUCAGUGCUAGCUUGCUCAGGCUCUAGAGAAGUACAGAAAUCCCUCAAACCAAAACCAACACAAAAUGUCUCUUGAACGUGCCGUUCGUGCCAAGAUUGCCGGCAAGCGCAAUCCCGAGAUGGACAAGGAGGCCCAGGAGUGGGUGGAGUCCAUCAUUGGUGAGAAGUUCCCCGCCGGCCAGGCCUACGAGGAUGUGCUCAAGGACGGCCAGGUGCUGUGCAAGCUGAUCAACAUCCUGUCGCCCAAUGCCGUGCCCAAGGUGAACUCCUCCGGCGGCCAGUUCAAGUUCAUGGAGAACAUCAACAACUUCCAGAAGGCGCUCAAGGAGUACGGCGUGCCCGAUAUCGAUGUCUUCCAGACCGUCGAUCUCUACGAGAAGAAGGACAUUGCCAAUGUCACCAACACCAUCUUCGCCCUGGGCCGUGCUACCUACAAGCACGACAACUUCAAGGGUCCCUUCCUGGGCCCCAAGCCCGCCGAUGAGUGCAAGCGCGACUUCACCGAAGAGCAGCUGAAGGCCGGCCAGACCAUUGUCGGUCUCCAGGCUGGCUCCAACAAGGGUGCCACCCAGGCCGGCCAGAACCUUGGCGCUGGCCGCAAGAUCUUGCUCGGCAAGUAGGCGGUUUCCCCUUCUCUUGAGAACGGACGCAGGAUGAUGAUGGAUGGCUCCCCCCCAUCUGUCUUUGGUUUUUUUCUACACAAUAUAUCCUAUAUGUAUGCUAGUUUUAUAUGAAAACAAAACACACAAUCACGA